AUGGGGGUUUAUAGGGGGUUCGAUAGGCAGGUGGUUUGGGUUCAUGGGUUCGAUUGGCAUAUUGAUGGGGCCAAGCAUAUGCUACGUAGGCGUCGACAGUUCUAUCCCGGGGCGUAUUGGCAAGAUGUUGUUGUGAUGAAUAUUAUGUUCUCACAAGUGGUACCGGCCCGUUAUGAUGCAUAUCAGAAUGCCAAGGAAGCGGAUAAGAAAAGGUUUUUGUGGGAUUCAGAUGUGAUAUCAAUGAUUACGGGAAUUGACAAUCAAUUUCUGGCAUCGUGGAAGGGAGUAGACACUGUAUAUUGGUGCCAGAACUACCUUCAAGCGCAUUGGUUUGCAGUUGAAGCCUCCAUUUCUACUUGGACUCUGAAUGUUUAUGAUUCGGACGUGACCGUGAUAAGUGAUAAACAACUGCAAUCGUUUAUGAAGUCAUGGUCUACUUUGUUCCCAUCGUUGUUAUUGCAGUCACAACUUUUCAAGGACGACCCUCGGUUGACGAUUCCACCUGGAGCUAAAAGAUGCAAAGAGUUCAAUGUGCACCGCAUGCCAGUUGAUUCAGUACCCCAAACCAAAGUCAGUGGAGAUUGUGGUGUGUACGCCAUCAAGCACAUCGAACACUUAUUGGGUAGGCUACCACUUGACACGAUUUGCGAUGACAACAUGGAGUUGUUCAGAAACAAAUGGACAAUUGACUUAUGGUAUCAGAAUAACUCUCAAGAACUAUAUUUCAGAGCCCGGAACUUCAAGGUUUUCAGUUGCUUUGCUAAGGAUCCUUUUGCAAGCCCAAAGCUAUUCCUUUUCAGAAUCUCCAAUCUUUAUCCAGACAUGGACUCCACCAAUGUGUUCGAUCUUUACAGCACCCCAGAGGCUGCCGCAGCUCCUCCAAGCAAGAAGAAAACCAGUAAGAGACAUACUGGGGAGAGCAACAAAGCGCCUCAGGCGAAGAAGGCCUGGAAUGUAGGCCCUUCGGAGGACAGGCCCUCUGCCACUGUGACUCCGCCUUCUCCCCGCGAGCAGUAG